CCUACUGGCAUGUAACCUAUUUUCACGCCAAUAAGGCAAAUUCCUAUAAUUUCCUCGAUACGGAAAUAAUGUCGAACGAUGUUGUUUACGCAGUUUUGCUUAUAUUUUCUGUCAGCUCCGGUGUAGUUAUACGAAAUGUCAAAAGUGUGUUCUUAAAGAAACUCCUUUCGUCCACCAUCGGUGUCGGUCUUGUCGCGUUUUCUUGUGGAUUUGAAGGCGUACAUCCACUAAUAGUCACAGUUGGAAACUGCCUACUUAUUCUGGUUGUUGGUUCAAGAUGGUGUCACAUUGCCAGUUUUGUGUGGUGUUUUGGGUAUCUGGCAUUCUUUCGCGCUGCUCACUGGUUCGGAUUGCCACGUCCUCAUCCGGUCACAAACGCUGUUCAACUUUUCAAUGCACUUCGGAUGAUAGGAGUCGCGUUUGAAAUCCACGAUGCCUCACACAUCCAGCGUCGGCCCAAUGAGUCAGAAGAAAUGACCAAAGUCAGGAAAGAUUUCCAGCUGAAGCCAUCAAGUCUAGACAUAAUACAUUAUUCAUUUUGCUACAUAGGGCUUUUCACGGGGCCCUAUUACAAGUACCGGACCUUCUACGAUAUGCUACAUUUGAGUACAGAGGCCCACAUUCCAAUCAGAACCUAUGCAUUUGCCAGACUGAAACAGAUUCCCAUCAUUGCAGUCGUUUAUCUCAUCUGCACAUACUUCUUCCAUAUUGAUUAUGUAAACACGGAGGAGUUUUCCGAGCAGCCAUUCUGGUUUCGAGUUGCCUACAUGGUGCCCAUGUUCCAGAUAUUCCGAUCACGUCUCUACCUUGCGUGGAUCAUGUCUGAACUCAUGUGCUUUACUGCGGCACUUGGUGCAUACCCAACAGUGGCCAAGGCUCAGUGUGGGGAGGGACCUUCAGACCUUAUCGCACUUAAAGAGUGCACGGGGAAGGAUGUGUGUCACCAGGAGUAUGAGUUUGAGACAGUGCACAACCUGAGCAUCAGGGGCUGCGAGUUGGCCCCUACCACGCGUGAGGGGCUGCGUAGCUGGAACAUGAGUGUGCAGUAUUGGCUGGCAGCGUGCGUGCAUCGUAGACUGCCCAGAAGUUACGGUCCCAUGAGAGUUGCCAUAACAAUGGCAGUGAGUGCGUUCUGGCACGGCAUACAUCCUGGCUACUACCUCAGUUUCCUGACAGUUCCGCCAAUCCUAAUUGCUGAGGACCUCAUGAUGGCUGCGUUCCGCCGAGGCUCUGCUACGCAAAUGCUCAUCUUUGAUUGGGCUUGCUGGUUUUUCAAGAUGCGUGGCUUUGACUACAACUGUAUGGGCUUUCUCCUUCUGACUUACGAGAAAACAGUCGGGUACUGGAAGAAUGUGUACUUUAUAGCGCAUGUGUUCAUAGCAGUGUUUUGUCUGAUAGGCUUUAUAUGUAAACCAAAGAAAUCAAAAACAAAGAAGGCUGAGUGAGAUAAUUGUAAAAUGUCAGCGAAUAUUGUUUAUUGAUACUGCCUAUGUUCAUUCCAUGUCUGUGAUUAGUUAUAUGAGAUAUAUAUGCCUACUGUAUAUUUGAAAAUAUAAAACUAUAUUUGUUCAUACUAUUCAUAAGAGGCAAAACUAUUUACUUAAAAGCACAUGAACCCUCAAAAUCAACGAAAAUUUUGUGCAAUAUUUUGAAAAAAAUAAAGUUAACACAUAUAGCAUAAAUGUUCUUUAUGGCAAAAUCAAAAAAUUUCCACGCUAGAUGUGGUCUGGUAACAUAGAUUUAACAAGAUACAAAAUGCUCUUUUUUGUUUAUUGCGGGACAAUAUAUUCAACACAUGUUCAUGUACCAAGUAAGUGUUCGUGUGUCAUAUGAUUAGAUAUUGUUGCGGGAAAUUAAAAUGAAAAAAAAUGUGCCACACAAAAAUAACAAAGAGCAUUUUGCAUCUCGUUAAAUCUAUGUUACCAUACCGCAUCUAAUAUUGCAAUUGUGACUUUUGCUAUAAGGAACAUUGCAUUUUUAUGUGUUAUGUUUAGUUUGUUGAAAUUUUGUACAAAAUGUUUGUUGAUUUUGAGUAUUUAUGUUACUUUAAUACUAUAUUUUCUAUACUAUAUAAAAAAAAUUGAAAGAUAAUAUAAUUAUAUUUAUUUCAAGUGUUUUUUCAUUCAAUGGAAUCAAGCUAGAUUAUGGAAAUCACAAUUAAAAGAAUGAUGAUCAUCUACAAACAGUUUCCAUGGUUCUGUCAUUAAAACUUCUUUAUUCUAUGGGACCAAUUGUAUAUGAAACCUGAUUGUUAUUAAAAUGGAUUGUAUACACUGCAAUUGCAUAGAAUUAAAAUGAUUUAAACAAUUACUUAAUAAAUGUUGAUAUCAAUUAACACACUUCCAGAUUUACAUGGACAUUAUUUAAAAAAAAUAUAUAUCUCUCGAUAUAACAGAUAAAAUUACAAUGUCAAAAAUAACAUGCAAAUGUAAAAUGUUCAAUCUUUUGAUAGCAAGGUAGGGAUUGUAUUUAAAAUGAUUUUGUCUCUUGCAAGCAUCUUUGCUCUAGACAAAAUGGAGUUACAGGGCUAUGUUUUUAUAUUUGAAGUAUAAUUGAAAUCCAUGUCCAUUUGUAAUUGUGAUACAAUCCAUGACCAUUUGAAAUUGUGUUGUUUACACGUUUAUGUUAGAUUCAUGAAGUGUGCAUGGUUAAUUGUAGAAUGUAUAAACUUUCUAUACAAAUAAAAUGUUCAGUAUGUUAUGUAGAAAUUUGUAUAGUCAAACUAUGUUAAAUCUGUUGAGUUUUAUUUCGAACAAAUAAACUUUUUUCCAGUUUGAAGAAUUUUACUUGAAGCCAACAAUUUUAAAUAUGCUGAGUAUUACUAUAAACCAAUCAACUAUGUUAAGUCUGUUGAUAAGUCUGUGACAAUGUCUCUGUAAAACAGUUCUUAUUGUUUAAUUAAACAGCUUAAAAUCACAUACCUUCACAAAUAAAAGUGUUUUGUAACAACUUUUCACAAGCAACACCCUACAAUUACGCAUUCUUGCCAUGUUGUUUUAAAGUGUAUAUCAGAACAUUCAUAUAUGUUGCAUUUAAAUUAGAAAGAGCAUAUUAUAUAUAUGGUGCCUUGCUGAUUGUAGCUUAUUACAAUUGAUAUGAAAUAGUCUUUGGGAUAUAACUGAGACCUAACACAUCACACAAUUUUGCGAAACUAUAGUCCUUGUACAACUGGAAAUACAUAAUGUCGUACAAAUGUCUAUUUAAAUUAGCCAUGCUCUUAGAAAACAAGCUGCAUUUUUAGUGGGACAGAAUAUGAUUUUUGUCAUUUGACGUGUUAAUAAUGAUGUCAUGAGCACUUGCGCUUAAUAUUUGUAAAAAAUGUUUUUUGCUGUUUAUGUUGCAUUUUGUGUUUAAAAUAUAUUACAUCUUGGUAUCAAAUUGUUUGUUUUGUUGAAUCUGAUUCGAUUUUACUAAAUAUGAUUGAUCUAUAGAAGAUUUCAAGUAAUAUGACCUACCUCCUAUCAUGACUGAUGUAAAAACUUCCUGUUGAACUAAUAUAAAAAAAAUAUAUCAUGCAACGUUAUAUCAGGCAGAUAUCAAUGCAGCGGUAUGAUAAAAUAACAUGUACUACAACACUUUUAUAAUGCAUGUUGCACAAGUUUUUAAUAUAUUCCGAUUGAGGUAGUCUGUCUUAUAUUUAUAUUUGUAUAGGUCCCUGAUAGUACUAAUAGUUAAAGACAAUUGUAAAUUGAAAGAUCCAAUUAUAUAUUAAACAUGUAAAUCAACAUAUGACUAUGGAAAGUUAUAUAAGUAUGCUUGUAUGUGUGUGUGUGCGUGUGUGUGUGUGUGGCUGUGUGUAGAUGUGUAAAGUAUGUGUGUAUGGUAUGUGUGAAUAUGUAUGUAUAUGGUUGUGUAUGCAUACUGGAACCAAUUUUAUGUAUCACCCCGAGUAGAAAAACUUGAUCAUAAUUAUGUCCUUCCCAACCCUUCGCUAGUGCCUAUUGUAUUAUGUAUUUUGAUAUCUAAUGUACCUUCCAAUAGAAAUAAAUAUGUUGAAACUAAA